AUGGCUUUUCUGUGGUUUCUAAUUAUGCAGGACAAAGUUAAUAAGAAAUUUCUUGGUUUUAUUUCUUCACAGACCGUUCUCGAGUCAUCAAAUCGCGAUUCAAUACAUGGCCCAGUAGGUGACGAUGAUUUUGAGCUUUGGGAUCAUAGUCAAAUGUUGAGGAAUCAGCAAAGAUACAAGUGGAAUCAGAGCAACGGUGUCGUUUGUAAACCGUCAUGUAUUCCUAUCAUGUUCAUCCUCAUCCUCAUCAUUCUCGUUGUUCUUCUUCCCUUACUUGACUCGCAGAACGAUAGACUUGCGGGUCGCCACAAUUCAUCGCUUGUUGGUUGGAAUUGUCAUGAUGAUUGCAGGAUACAACUGGUCGAGUCGAUUCCGGAAGGGCUUGUGUUUGACCCUGAAAGUCCUUCUUUUAUGUCAACUUUUGAUGCGUGGAAUGUUCUGAUUAAUGAAGCAAAGAAAACACUUUACAUUGGCUCGUUUUAUUGGACAUUAAAAUCUGAUGAAGUCUUUAAUCAUUCAUCGUCGAUUUAUGGUGACAAAAUCUUCCAUUCAUUGUUAUCUGCGGGAGUUGAUAGGAAAAUUGAUAUAAAAAUUGCACAAAAUAUGCCAUCACAAGUCUCGCCAAACAUUGACACGGAAAUUCUCGAAAAACGUAAAGCAGCGAAGGUUCGUUCUGUGAAUUUCAUGAAACUACUCGGAGCUGGCGUGCUUCAUACGAAAGUUUGGGUCGUUGACGGUCGACAUUUUUAUGUUGGAAGUGCAAAUAUGGAUUGGCGUUCAUUGUCACAAGUUAAAGAACUUGGUGUAUUGGUAACGAACUGUUCAUGUCUUGCCAGUGAUUUAACAAAGAUCUUCAAUGUUUAUUGGGAUUUGGGGAGAAAUGAUUCUCGCAUUCCACCAAAAUGGCCCGACAAAUAUUCAACAAACGUCAACAUUGAUAAGCCUAUGCUUGUUAAUUAUAAUAAUGGUGAUUAUCUAUUCGCUUCUUACUUCUCAUCAUCACCACAACCUUUAAAUCCACGCGGAAGAACAAACGAUUUAAAUGCAAUCAUUCAUACCAUUGAAAAUGCUGAAAAGUUUAUUCACAUCUCAGUGAUGGAUUAUUUUCCAUUGGAAAUUUAUUCUCCCAAAAUUAAAUAUUGGCCUGCAAUCGACACAGCAUUAAGAACAGCUGCCAUUGACAGUAAAGUUUCAGUGAAACUUCUCAUCUCGUAUUGGAAUCACUCACGACCAUCUGAAGAUUAUUUCUUGAGAUCACUUACAGCAUUAAGUGAAUCUUAUAAAGGUGUUGAUAUUCAAGUUAAACGUUUCAUUGUGCCAGCAAGUGAAGAUCAGAAGAAGAUUCCAUUUGGUCGUGUUAAUCACAAUAAAUAUAUGGUCACUGAUCAUAUUGCAUAUAUUGGAACUUCCAAUUGGUCAGGCGAUUACUUCAUUAACACUGCAGGAAUUGGAUUUGUGUCACAAGACACAGUACACGAUCGAAGUGAAAACGCGACCACUCUAAGAAGUCAACUUGAGUCUAUUUUUGAACGUGAUUGGAACAGCAAAUAUGCAAUCUAUCAGAGCAAGUUUGAUAAUUAAACUUUACUCUUUCUCAUAGAAAUAUUUUCCUUCUAAUUGUAUCAAAAGUUUUCAAUUUUUAAAGCAUUAUUGACAAAAUUCUUUCUUCUCAAAGCAAUAACUUUAAUCUUAAGUCGUUUCUCGACCAAAUUCGAUCUCGUAAAGCACAAAAGUGAAACAUUUUCAAAUAAAUAAUUGUGGAAAUUAAUCAUUUGGAAUGUUAUAAAAUCGUGUAGUUAGUUUUUGAAUUAAAAUUUUUCAUGAUCCAAUGUUUUCUUUGAUAUUUCUGGGCAUUGAAAUGUUUCGUAAUAAAAAUGUUUUCAAGAAUUUGAAAGUUGAAAGUUUUUUUUAUUCUAUUUUAGUCAGUUUUUUUAGAAGAAACUGAUAGGAUUAUGUGGACAAUUUAAUUUUCUUACGUAAAAGAAUGUUUAUGAUUCUAUCAAUUCAAGAUGUUUUUCAAAAUAUUCGAUAAGUUUGAUUGGCCAUUUCUUUUUGACAAAGUCGUAGGAAACCAAAUCAAUUUUGUUAUCCUCCCAUUUCACCAACAAAACGACUUUUUUUGAUUUUAAAAGCGUUCCACCAAUAAUGAAAUCAGGUUCUUUUAGUUCUUCAGUUUUGGUCUCUGGACAAGCAGAGAUGGAAGUUCGGUUUUCAAAGUCUGCUAUUAAUUUUGGGCAGCUGAGAUUUUCUUCAGGUUCCCAGCUGUUUUCUUCAUGACUAUAAUAUCUCCAUUUAAGUAAGUAUUCGAUUUUUCCAUUGCGAAUACGUUUCUUUAAAACCUUUUCUACCGUAAAUAAUUUAGGCUCUUUUUCAGGUAUUUUGAUAUGUUUGCUACCUUGUUUCAUUUUCAAUAAUUAGUGAGAUCUUUUCUUAUUUAUCAACUUAUUUUAUUUUUCAAAUUUA